AUGAGGUCUUCAAGAUCACAAACUGGGAAGAAAGAAAAGAAGAGUGUUCCCGACAACACAAAGAACACACCGGUGAUUGAAGUGACUCCAUUGAACAGCAUGCCUUACGUCGGUCCAUCCAUGUCCGGUAACAACAAGGCGAAUGAGAAUGCAGAGAGAAAAGGAGGUCCAUCAAUGAUAUUACUGCCUUCUGAGGCAGACGCAGAGUUUCUUAACCUUGUCCAUCAAGCGAAAACCGGAGCUGUUGCCCUCACUGGAAGUGCAGCCUUGGGGAAGAUUGGAUAUACUGUUGGUUUGAUUGAUAUUGCUGAAUCAGAUGACUCUUACUUCUUCCGUGUUUCACUUCCCGGCGUUUCAAGAGAUGAAAAGGAAUUCAAAUGCGAGAUAGAACCAGACGGCAAAAUUAUGAUAACGGGAAUAACAACAACGGGGGAGAAGACGAUCUGCAGGCACAAUCAGGUGUUCAAGAUGAUAACGCAGAACUCUUGCCCUCCAGGACACUUCACAAUCUCUUUCCAGCUUCCGGGACCUGUGAGCUGUGACGAUUUCAACGGUAAUUUCGGGUCAGACGGUGUUCUUGAGGGGUUAGUGAAGAAGCUCUACUAUGAAGACUGA